AUGGCAAUCCCCGCAGAUAUCACUCUCAAGACCCUCAAGGGCUCUUGGGCACUGGACAAGUCUGUGGCUGAUGAUGCGGAUCCGAUCCUCAAGCUGCAAGGCGUCGGCUGGUUGAUGAGAAAGGCAAUUGGCGCUGCGACCCUUACCUUGCAUUUUGCCUCAUCUGCCGAAGACAGCACUGUCCGUCUCGAAAUGCGCCAGACUCUAACGGGCGGCAUCCCAGGUGCAACAGAAGAGCGCAUCAUGGAUUGGGCCGAACGAGAGCGCAGCAAUCAUGUUUACGGCCAUACCUUGACUCGCAGCCAAUUCAUUAACGGCGUAAGGGGUGCCGAUGGGGAUGUUCAGCCCGAUUUGAAUUUACAAUCUAAACCACCAUCCGCGGCAAUCGAGGCUGAAAUCCAAAGGUUUCUGUGUGGAGGCAUCCCUCAGCUAAAUGACGCGUUAGAAAGUGAAGGAUACAAGGGUAUCUACAUUCACGAUUUUGGGCGCAAUGAACAGGCUGGUUGGACGGCGGAACAGGUAUGGAGUCUUGAACUUAUUUCCUCUCAGGCGUACCUGACACGGCGUGUUGUUGUUGUCAAGGGUGGUUCAUAUGAGAUGGCUCGCUUGGUUUACAAGUUCACUGCACUAUAG